GCUGGGAGGAAGUGCAGCUCUCAGAAAAGCCUGAAUUUCACUUCACGACGCGCCGCGGGACUCAGCUCACUCACACACAAGCACUAAAACAAGAAAAUAGCCGUCUAUUCCCAUCUGGAUUAACCGCAGGGAAUCCUCAAGAAGCACUCUCUCCUGGAGGGACCGAGCGGAACCGGACUGGAGUGUUUUAUGUGGACGGAUAUAUUGUUUUUUUUGAGCGAUGUCGGAAGAGAUCAAGACUUGGAUCUGCGACCCAAACGCGGAUGGGAACCAAAAGAGUGGUUUCUCUCGGCAGUAACAUCGAAAAACCCAAAGUACAUUUGAACCCCCUAAACGAAUCGUGUCGGGCUUAAAAGCCACGUCGUUAUUCUCAUAUUCUAUGGUGAAACUCAGUUUCGUUCAUAUAAGCUUGAGUUUGAGACGCACAACCAUGCAUAUGAAGUUCCGCAAGAUCUAGCGCAGAUAUUUCAGGGUGAACUCUUUAUUUUGUGUUUUUUUUUAAUCACAACUAAAGCUUUGUUUUUAUGCAUAUUCCUGUCUUGCAGUUUCAUCUGACCACGUUUUGUGGCACCAUCGCGACCUUUUUUUUCUUUUUUUUUAGAAAAAGGAAACUCGGAUUUCGUUCACAUUUCGCUUAUUUCCUUUUCUAGCGCCCCCCUCUCUUCUGUAGGUUACAGUGGAGCAAUAUCUCAGUCGUUUUUUGCUUAGAGCACACCUCUCAUUACAUAAAUACAUUGACGAGCAAGCAAAUCCAGUUUAAGAGAGAAACUGCAUUGCACUGCACGAGGCAAUGGACUUGCCACAUCGAAACUAAUCCAGUUUAAAUUUGGCCCUUUGAUGGGCUUCUAAAUUCAAGACGACCAGCUUGGAUCAGCAAAGAGGAGUGACAGAUAUCAAACAUCGAACCACAAAAUGGGGAUUUGUUUGUGAUAUUAUCAGGAUAUUCACACAAAUGCAUAUGCUUUUUCGAUCUUGAAUGCUUUUUGGAUAUUCAGAAAACAAUCCAGCCGCCCGUGUCGCAUCGAUAGCCAUUAUUUAUGUUUCUCCAACCACUGGGCUUCAGAUUUCCACCAUCUUUCCGCCUUUUAAGAAGAGGAGGAUUCACAUUACACUUGUUUUAUGUGGUCUGUUUACGUGCUGUCAACUGGUUAAUGUGAUUGAACAGGGAAAUAUCGGCGUCCAUUUUCAUGCAUUGGUGAUUUGUCAGUUUUGCAGCGAGCUGGCUUGCUUUAUUUGAAUGCCUUAAGGAGAUCGUCUUAUCCGCUCGUUUACGACUUAUGUUCUUUAUCUUGUUGGCUUUAACGGGAUCGCAUCGACGUUUUGAAUUGAGCGUCAUCCAUUUGUGACACUGACUGGCCAGCUUGCAUGUAUUUGUAGUUAACCAGUCCGUUAUUUCCAUUAAUCUGCACAGACAGUGGCUUAAUGAAAUUAACUUGCAUGUCAUUAUUUUGACGGUAGUUACACCGGCAGGUGGGUCGUUGGCGUUAAACUCACCCAAAGGGGGUGGGUGCUGGAUGGGGGGGUUCGAUUAAUCGAUAUUCUCGUUAUACCCAUCUAGAAAUAUCAUUGUUUUGGAAAUUUCUGGACUUGGAGGUGAUGCCAUGCACGUAUAUUUCUCCUCUCUGAAACAAGAAGCCAUUUCUGCAACUCCAGUUGGACUUGAGGGUGACGUUGCUUCAUAAAUAAGCAACCUAUAGAUUUUCUAUUCCGGGUGGAUUUUUUGUUGUUGUUCCUCCUUCUGCUUUUUUUCGUCUAUUUUCAGCCGCGAUGGUUGAUUUCUGAGAGACUUUUGAGGAAAAAAAGAUUAUAAAAGAACUGAGGCUGGGAUAGAUGUUCGCGCCUCUCACGCGCAUCACCACCAUAAUCAUCAUCACAGCUCCCGCGCUCGUCUCGUGCUGAGUCCGCCCACCGUCCCCUCACUGCCGGUUCUGGUACCGUUAGCGACUCGGUUCGACCCAGAGGGCUCGAAGAUGGCGGACCUCGAAGCGGUUCUCGCCGAUGUCAGCUACCUGAUGGCGAUGGAGAAGAGCAAAUCUACUCCAGCGGCCCGCGCGAGCAAGAAAAUCAUCCUUCCUGAACCUAGUAUUCGGAGUGUCAUGCAGAAGUACCUGGAAGAAAGGGAUGAACUGACCUUUGACAAAAUCUUCAACCAGAAGAUUGGUUUCCUCUUGUUCAAGGAUUUCUGUAUGAACGAGAUCGACGAGGCCCUUCCACAGCUAAAGUUUUAUGAGGAGAUUAAAGAGUAUGAGAAGUUGGAUUCAGAAGAAGAGAGGCUAACUCGCAGUCGACAGAUUUAUGACGUGUACAUUAUGAAGGAGCUUCUGUCAUGUUCACAUCCCUUCUCUAAGAAUGCGGUAGACCAUGUCCAGACUCACCUAGCAAAGAAACAAGUUCCUCCAAAUCUCUUUCAGCCAUACAUAGUUGAGAUCUGUGACAGUCUUCGAGGAAAGAUCUUUGAGAAGUUCAUUGAAAGUGACAAGUUCACACGUUUUUGCCAGUGGAAGAAUGUAGAGCUCAACAUCCAUUUGACGAUGAAUGACUUCAGUGUGCAUCGGAUCAUCGGCAGAGGGGGGUUCGGAGAGGUUUACGGAUGCAGGAAAGCAGACACAGGGAAAAUGUAUGCCAUGAAGUGUUUGGAUAAAAAGCGAAUCAAAAUGAAGCAGGGAGAAACGCUGGCGCUCAAUGAGAGAAUCAUGCUGUCGUUGGUUAGCACCGGGGACUGUCCUUUCAUAGUGUGUAUGACAUAUGCCUUCCACACUCCUGAUAAGCUGUGUUUCAUCCUGGACUUGAUGAAUGGUGGAGACCUUCACUAUCACCUGUCUCAGCAUGGCGUCUUCAGCGAGAAAGAUAUGCGAUUUUAUGCAGCUGAGAUCAUACUGGGCCUCGAACACAUGCACAAUCGAUUCGUUGUCUACAGAGACCUCAAGCCUGCAAAUAUCCUCUUAGACGAACACGGACAUGUUCGCAUUUCUGACCUGGGCCUGGCCUGCGAUUUCUCCAAAAAGAAGCCUCACGCCAGCGUAGGUACCCAUGGCUACAUGGCACCUGAGGUUCUGCAGAAAGGAACAGCAUAUGACAGCAGCGCCGACUGGUUCUCUCUGGGCUGCAUGCUGUUCAAACUCUUGCGAGGGCACAGUCCAUUCAGGCAGCACAAGACCAAAGACAAACAUGAGAUUGACCGCAUGACCCUAACCAUGAAUGUGGAGUUGCCUGACUCCUUCACACCUGAGCUCAAGUCCCUCUUGGAAGGACUCUUACAGCGAGACGUCGCCAAAAGAUUGGGGUGUCUAGGACAGGGGGCAUCAGAGGUAAAGGAGCAUGUGUUCUUCGAGGGAAUCGAUUGGCAGCAGGUUUAUCUUCAGAAGUACCCUCCACCCCUCAUUCCCCCCAGAGGAGAAGUCAACGCUGCAGACGCCUUUGACAUCGGCUCCUUCGAUGAGGAGGACACCAAGGGAAUUAAGCUUCUUGACAGUGAUCAGGAGCUCUAUAAGAACUUUCCUCUGGUGAUCUCAGAGCGCUGGCAGCAGGAGGUGGCCGAGACGGUGUAUGAAGCCGUCAAUAGCGACACGGAUAAGAACGAGGCACGCAAGCGGGCCAAAAACAAGCAGCAGGGCCAAGAAGAGGACUAUGCACUGGGGAAGGACUGUAUCAUGCACGGCUACAUGCUAAAGCUAGGAAACCCCUUCCUGACACAGUGGCAACGGCGGUAUUUCUACCUAUUCCCCAACCGUGUCGAGUGGAGAGGUGAAGGAGAGUCUCGGCAAAACCUGCUGACCAUGGAGCAGAUCGUGACUGUGGAGGAGACGCAGAUCAAGGACAAAAAGUGCAUCCUGCUGAGGAUCAAAGGAGGGAAACAGUUUGUCCUGCAGUGCGAGAGCGACCCAGAGUUCAUACAGUGGAAGAAGGAGCUUACCGAAGCAUUCACAGAGGCCCAGAAGCUGCUACGUCGAGCCCCCAAAGUCAUUGGCAAGGGGCGAACCAAUGUUGUGGAACUGUCCAAACCCCCGCUCGCGCACCGCAACAGCAACGGCCUGUGAGCCGCCCACCUCCCGCCGCCCUUGUCCAACACUCCUCUCCAUCCUCUUCAAUGACACA